AUGCCCACUCUAAUGAUUACUGUUGUUGAGCACGCGCUAGCAGCUAGCCACGACGAGAUAACGACGAGCGCCGACGCCGGCGUGCUGAGGGUGUCGGGCACGCACGACUUCACCAUCCGGAACUACAGCCGGACCGCCUGUAAGGGCAUCGGCUUCGGCGAACGCAUCCAGUCGGACGAAUUCACCGUCGACGGCCUCGCGUGGAACGUGGCCUUCUUCCCCGACGGCUGCAGCAUCUUCGACUGGCGCGACCCGGCCGUGUUCCUGAAGACGGCCAAGAUGCCCUCCGUCGCCGUGUACGCCGACUUCGACGCCUCCAGCUACAGCCGGGGCUUCCGCCGCUUCGUCCCGCGGAAGCGGCUCGAGGCGGAGGCCCUCCACGACGACUCCGUCACGCUGCGCUGCACCGUCAGCGUCCUCAAGCCGGCAGACGAGCCGGGGCUCGUCGAGGUGCCGGUGCCGCCGUCCUGCUUCGCCGAGAACGCCGCCAGGUUCCUGGCCAGCGGGCGGGCCCAGUUCGACGUCAAGUUCAACGUGGGCGGCGUGCUCCUGGAGGCGCACAGGCUCGUGCUCGCCAGCCAGUCCCCGUGGUUCGACACCCUUCUCUACGGCCACUGGGAGACGACUACGACGAGCGGCAAGGAAGUAGACAUCGUGGGCACGAGCCCCGAGGCGUUCAAGGCGCUGCUCCACUACGUGUACAACGACCGGAUGCCGCCUGACGCGGACGAGGCGAUGACGCGGCAGCUCUUCGUGGCCGCCGACAUGUUCCUGUUGGAGAGGCUCAAGACGAUGUGCGCCGGCAGGCUGUGCCGCCGCUUCCUCCACGACGGCAAUGUGGACAGCGUCAUGCGGCUCGCGGAGGCGCACUCCUGCGCCCAGCUCCGACAGGCCUGCGAGAAUUACUUGGCACGUCGCCAACGCGGAUUGCCAGUUUUUCUCGAUAAAGGAAACUAA